CAGGAAACUCUCAGUCGGGUCCGCCUACAUUUCAAGAGUCGAGUCUGUUCUCACCAAUGCCCUCAUAUUCUGGGACGACUACGACAACCAUGCUUCCUGGGUCUAAUGCCAGUAUGUUCCCACAGACUCCUGGGGGUCCAAUGACCCCUAUGACCCCUGCCACACCUGCCUCUGAAGGUUCUGGUAUUGUGCCUCAACUGCAGAAUAUCGUCUGUACAGUGAACCUGAACUGUAAACUAGAUCUCAAACGUAUUGCUCUCCACGCCAGAAAUGCAGAAUACAAUCCCAAACGUUUCGCUGCUGUAAUCAUGCGAAUAAGAGAACCCAGAACAACAGCUUUGAUAUUCAGCUCUGGAAAGAUGGUCUGCACUGGUGCCAAAAGUGAAGAACAAGCCAAACUUGCUGCCAGAAAAUAUGCCAGAAUUGUACAGAAAUUAGGUUUCCCAGCAAAGUUCCUUGAUUUUAAAGUACAAAAUAUGGUAGGGAGCUGUGAUGUGAAAUUUCCAAUUCGUCUUGAGGGUCUCGUUCUCACUCAUGGCCAGUUUUCAAGUUAUGAGCCUGAGUUGUUUCCUGGUCUUAUCUACAGAAUGGUGAAGCCGCGCAUUGUUUUACUUAUCUUUGUAUCUGGCAAAGUGGUGCUAACAGGAGCUAAAGUGAGAGAGGAAAUAUACGAAGCAUUCGAGAACAUUUACCCAAUACUGAAAGGUUUUAAAAAGCAAUAGUAUUGGCUUUCUGGCCCUGUGGGGGCCUGUAUAUAUGUACAUAGGACGAUGCAAUAUGCAACAUUGUACAGGAAUCAAAGUUUGAUACAACAAGAUGGAUCUGACACUGUCUCAUAGGAUUAAUAACUAUUUAUGAAACUUCUUCCAGAUCAUCAUUUUCCAGAUCAUCUCAGAUCGAGAUGCGAAUUGUCAAGGAUCGGGGAGAUCCAAAUUAGGAUAUAUGUUUCAUUGUUUGGCAGCUACUGAGGCAUUAUAAAUGUGUCUAUGAUGUUAAUAAUGAUGUCAACUCAACUGUUAGCAGUCUACUUUCAAGUAUACAUUUAAAAUUGACCUUUUCAUGGUGUCUGCCCUCAAACAUGAACAUCUUAGACUCGUUAUUGAGAAGUUACAGACUCUUGGUGCAAAAAUUAAGAGAUAUCGAGCCUGUUGGUUCAUUCCAGGAGUGAUUGUAUUUUUUAUUGAAUCAUGUAUUACAUUAAGUCAAUUCAGUGUUGUUGUUUUUUGUAAUUUGUAAAGGA